AUGGCGACAGAGUCCGAUGCCCCCAAGCGCGAACCGACCCCCACGGCACCGCUCUCCUCCAUCCCCCAGAAGCGCGCCCUUGAUGAGAAUCACGAUCACAGCCCGGCCGUCUCGUCGCCUCUCAACCCCGACAACAGACCGUCCGACUCCCUACCGCCAGACGAUGGCACCCAGCCCAACCGGUCAAAGUCCGCCCGGGCCAAGAAGGACAGUUUCAAGAAACGCGAGGCGAAGGGGACCGACAGCGCACGCGCGACCCCCGAGCCUAGGAGCCAGAAGGCACCCGAGCAGGCAGAGGCCAGCCCGCUGCGGUAUAAGCUUGCGCCGCCAAAGACGUCGGACUUUGAGCCGCCGCGCGGUCCUGUCCUGAGCUCCCACCACAAGGCGAGCGGCCAGGCCGGCGAAGAGACGGAGUUCUUUGAGACGUCCGAUCACGUCUUCAACAAGAAGAACUUUCGCUACACCCACUGCAUAGCCGACCCCCUCUUCCCCUCGAUGAUAUACUACCGCCAGACAGAGCCGGAGCCCUUUGGACCCCGCAUGAGCUACGAAGAUGCAGCCGCGCACGUCUAUUUCGACUCGACCGCCCGUCAAGUCACCACUGACAAGGGAUUCCGCAUGGCGCGAGCCAACGUGGCCGUGAGAGAGGGCCGGUGGUACUGGGAAUGCAAGGUGACGCAAGGGAUACACAAGACCCAGGAGGGUGAGACGAAACCGCAGGGGGGGGUGCGGCACGUCCGCAUGGGCUGGGCACGACGCGAGGCUUCGCUCGAUGCCCCUGUCGGAUUUGACGCCUACAGCUACGGGAUCCGCGACGUCACGGGCGAAAAAGUGUUCAUGUCUCGCCCCAAGAACUUCUUCCCUCCCGGCGAGCCCAUCCAGGAAGGCGACGUCAUCGGCCUCGAGAUCCAGCUCCCCUCCGAGAGGCUGCACCGCAACGUCGUGACCGGCAACUACAACCCCGCCGUCGACCCCCACGAGGAAGGCCAGCCGCGGCGAACGGCCGAGGGUCCCAAUAUUGUGCGCGACCGCGUGCCCAUCCGCUUCAAGGCACACACAUACUUCGAGAAGAUUGAGUACCACGCGACCAAGGAGCUCGAAGACCUCAUGAACCCCUCCCCGGCAGGGUCCGGCGGAUCCAUGUCAGACGGCAACUUCAACCCCCUGCACCCGAAACCUGCCAUGCGCACCCUGCCCAACUCGCACAUACGCAUCUACAAGAAUGGAAAACUGAUGGGCACCGCCUUCGAGAACCUACUCGGCUUCCUCCCCCCGGCAUCCAAGCCCAUGCCACAGGUAGGCGCAAGAGAAGGGCUGGACGACGGCAUGCUCGGGUACUACCCCGCCGUGAGCAUAUUCCGCGGCGGAGCGGCCGAGGUCAACUUCGGACCCAAGUUUUGGUACCCGCCGCCGGAAUCCUCCGGGGACGAGCCCGAGAUGCGGCCCCUGUCGGAGCGCUACCAGGAACAGAUUGCCGAGGAUGUGGUCUACGACGUGAUUGACGAGGUGGAUUUCUGGAUGCAGGAUGGCGCCGGCGCUACGGACAGGUCGGGCGUGAUUGACAAAAGCAAUCAGGUCUCGAUGGCGCCGGGGAGAGAGGAGAUCAAGGAGCUGGUUCAGGAGGACUACUAG